AGACAGUUAACGACACUCGCGGUAUUGAGAGACGGUUAAACGAAAAUAAAAAAGUUUCAUAUUAAAAUGCGCCAUUUCUCGAUUCGGUGGAAUUUUGUGAUAGACUAAAAGAAAAAGUUUUUAUUUUUCCGUGGUUUUCGCUGAGAAAAAAAAGCUCUCUGUAACACAGUUCGCUGCAGUUCAUAAGAGUAUUAUAUUGUCUGCUGGAUACGUCGGUUCGGAAAGCAUAAGAUAUUAUUUCGGUGUUGAAUGUUUGCUAUACAUGUAAAUGUGCGCGCGCGGUUUAUGCGUCUUUUUAAAUUGGGUAUAUGGUAGAGUAAAAGUGAUUUCUAGUGCCAUAUCAAAGAUAUCUGUUUGGUAUUAUACAGACAAGAGACUAGCAUAGACUUUUGAGAGACUUAAAGUUACUCAUUGUAAAAUUGUAAGUUUUGUCUAUAUAAUCGGUUGCAUCAUAUCAAGACUUCAGUCGAAUAAAAGUGAGGUGGUUGAGCACAUCUUCUUGAGCUUUUUUUUUGGUUUAUUGUGGAUUGCAGAUUGUAUCGUUUGACAAAAAGAAAAUAGAAAAAAAAAUAUUUUUGUUAAGUUUUUGAUUAGACAGUGUUUUGUAAUCGGCGCGAACAACUCAUCAUCAUCACCAUAUUAUGGAAUACAAAUUGCACGAUUAUGGAUACUAUUUUGUGUUUGUUGUGAAAUAUUUAUUGUGCACGUAACACAUCGUCACUGAUGCUAAUGACAAUAUUUUUUUGAUAAAAAGGACUAAAAGGACAUUUAUCGAACCGAAGCAUUUUUUGUGAUUUUUUUUUUUAAUUUGAAUUUCUGGAAGAAAUAAACUGUUCAAACUGAAAAUAAGUUACAGUGAUGAUUUCGGGAAAUUUUAUGUGAUGAGCUAUGGAAUCCCCGCAAAUGUAUGAUAACGUACAAUCAUUAACUCAACUUGAUAUUAAAAAAGGAACAAUGGCAACCAACAAUAUUAACAGUAACAACCAUUCUGUUGUGAACAACAACAAUAAUAACAACAACAAUACGGCCUCAGCUAUCAACCACAAUACAAUGGCAGCGAAUAAAACUGCCCAUCAAAUGCUGCAGGCAAAUAACACCAACAACAACAACAACAAUAAUAAUACAAUUUUGCAGAAGCACAUCCUGCAACAAUAUUCUCAAAGUGAUCUCGAAGAGCUAACCUCUCAGGAAAUUUCAUUGGACUUGCAGCAUCUCAUCGAUGAUCAGUUUAGAGAACAGGAAGCACUUGGCAUAUUUUCCGACAUGGAACCGAACGGCAAUAACAACAACAACGGCCACAACAACAACAACAACAACAACAACAACAAUUCGAACGGAACAUUGAGCGUAGCGGCCAAAGUCCUACAACAUCAGAAUCGACUCAAUCAACAGCAAGCGCAAGGAUAUCAAAGAGCAACAUUGGCCUAUAUGCCACAGCCAGUACAUUCGGGUGCAAAUUACACAAACAACUCCAGCGAUGACAACAGCAGCAUAGGUUCGGAUGGUACAAAUAUCAAAGAGGAGCCCGUCGACACAGCCGAGUUUCGUCGUCUAGCUGCUGCGGCAAAUGGAGCCCAAUUCAUCGGUGUUAAUCAAGAGGCGGCCGGUCUAUACCAAAUUCCACAAAAUUACACAUCCAAUGGCAGUGGUAAUACGUUCACAACGUUAACGGCACCCGUACUACAUCAUCAAGGAUUACCCCAUUUACCAGGCAGUCAUUUGGCCAGUCUAAAGCAUAAGCAAUUAAUGUCGCAACGGAAACACCAAAACAAGCAUGUGGACAAGGGUACGGACGAAUAUCGUCGGCGACGUGAACGGAAUAAUAUUGCGGUACGUAAAAGUCGUGAAAAGGCAAAAGUUCGAUCCCGUGAAGUGGAGGAAAAGGUCAAGGCACUGGUGAAGGAAAAGGAAGCGCUAAUGAGACGUCUGGAGGAAAUGACCAAUGAAAUUCAAUUGCAUAAACAACUCUACGUUCAUCUGAUGAAUCACAAUAAUCCAGAAGUGAACAAUAUCUGUCGAAAUGUUUUGAGUUUGGUUAGUGGUGAUCAUGGCAUGUAGACGAAAGGGGAAGGUACAACAAAAGGAAAAUCAUUUCGUCUUCAAGUGGAAAAUGUUUCAAUUUUAAAUUAAUUAACUUACUGAAUUUUUAGAUAAAUAUUUAUGUAAUGUGACAAGACAAAUCGGAUUCUUAAUAUAAAAAGGAAAAUAUCAAAAAGAAAACUGAUCGUAAAACCCUUCAAAUUUGCCAAAGACUUUCAGAUGGAUGUUCUGAGAUAAAAAAAAAAUUCAAAUAAUUUAUGGUGCAGUUAUAUUAAGAUGUAAUUUUAAACGAGAUGAUCCAGGAAGUGGUUAUAUAAGUGAUCAUUUAAAGCAAAAAUAUUAAUUAGAAAAAGUGUCUUAAUGAAAGAAAAUGUCCGUGACAAAGAAGGGAUUAUAAUAAUCGAAGGAAAACAUAACUGAAUUGACAAAAAAAAAGAAAAUUGAAAAUUGAUAUCGAAGUGAAAUGCAAUCAUAUUUCGUUUCCAUUCAAGAACAUGUUUUUUGUGUUGUAGUUAGUUGUAUACAAAAUGUAUGAUAAUGUACAAAGUAGUGGUUUAAAUUCGUAAUUUUAUAUUUAAAUAUGGUCAGUUUUUCAAUAUUAUUACCGUGUAUAGACUCGCUCUGGAACAUAUUUGUUAACAUAAAAGGAAAAAAAAUAAUUUUUUUGUAUAGGAAAAAUGUUUUUCAAUUUUAGGAAGGACAGUCUGGGAUUUCGUUAAAAAAAAUCGAAUGAAAAAGAACUGCAAAUUUAAAUCGAGAUCAUUUAAUUCCAAUAUAAUAAUAUGACUGCAAUUUCUGAACAGAAGACUUUUUGUAUUUAUUUUUAUGAUUAUUUUCUCCCCCGUUUUUAAAUCGCAGACGACGUAACAGUAUAGUGAAUUCUUUUUCAAAAACCAAAUUUUCCAAAAAUAAGUAGGUCAACACACAAACACAUCUCCACACACAUUCAUAUGCGAUGCAUUAUUAUACAGAACAUAUCGACUAUGACUUCCGUAGUCGUAGUAAAAACUCUAUUUGAUUAUUACAUGAUCAAAUGAUAUAGUGUAAUGAUAUAUACGAAAAAAAAAACAAGAACGAAAUUCAUAUAGCUCUUGAUAGGCAUAUACUAACAGUCCAUAUACACCGUUACGACGACGACGUUACAACGACUUACAGCAUUUUUCUUUUUCUUUUCAAAACACAUAAAUAAAAAUAUAUGUGAACACAGAUUGUUCGAACAUUAUAGUUGCUGAAUAUUUAAAAAAAAAAAAUAACUUUUGUCGAUGGUUUUUUUAUAAGUUUAAACUCAGUUUCGUUCUGUCGUUGUUGUUGCUGCUGCGAAUUUAUUGUUGCCUUUCACUUUCUGUCGAAAAAUUAUUCACGCAUGGUACAGAAUAAUAUGUUGGGAAAUAUAAUAUUUAUGUUUUGUAGUAAUAAUAAUACUAUUGGAAUUUUUGAUUAGGUAUGCUCCCAAUUUGUUAGUCAAAAUUUUUUUUUUGAUUUUUAGGUUUUUUGAUUUUGACAAAAUUUGUAAAUUUUUUAAAGCAGGACUAUCGUUUAUACGAAAAGUGAGUUAUGUCACGUAGAUUUAUGAAUGGGGCGGUUAGUAAAAAAGCAAUAAUGUUUUGACCAUUCUCUUUUGUUGGUUAAAAUGUCCUUAGCAUUAAGUUAAAUUUUUUUCUUCAUUUUAUUGACAAUUUUUUUUAAAAUCAAAUCAAACGCAGACGAUACAAAAGUGAACAACGAACUGAUCGUACAAAAAUUGAUAAUUGUUUUUAAAUUGAAUUAAAUUUCUAUUUAAAACUGAAAGUUUAAACGUUAAUUUUGCAUAAAUAAAAAUAAAAACCAGUUUUCAAUUUAGGUCAAAUAUUAUGGUGAACUCAUAAAGUAAUUAUAUUUUUAGACUUCAGGUACUUCCUACUGCAUGCAUGCAAAUUUUUCGCAAAGAAAUAUAUUUAAUUUGUCGAUAUCUUUAGUCAGAUUCCAUUUGCAUUAUUCGGCGAGAAAAACGAUCGAGCAUUACUCAUUAAAUACACUUUUAUUCACAACGUGCGUCUUCUAUUUCAUAACGCAUCGUUUUCUCAUGCUUAAAGCUUUUAUAUAACUGCGUGACUAUUGUGAAUUCUGCAGUUGUCUGGAGUUAUAUAACAUUCUAAUCUCGUUAACAUUUCACAGACGGCGUAUCAUUUGGAUAGUUAUUCAAUCUGCUACUUCGUUUGAUCAAAGUACAAACAAUCUUUAACUUCAUUUAUUUUAACAUGCAUUUUGUAUUCAAAUUUUUACUACAUAUAAAAUGACUUCGGAUAACGGUCAUUAUUUAUAUUUGUCGAAGUAGUCGAUAACAAAUGAUAUAAUGUAGCACUAUGUGAUCCCCAGCUUAGAUUUCUGCUUAGAUUACUUUCUUUAUCGAAAAAACUCGAAUAAACAUAGCAAAUCUUUUGUGAACUCAAAGAAAUUCUAGAAGAAAGUCUAUAAAAAAACCUUAAACCUAUCGACUGUUUCACCAUUACUUGCCUCUCGACAUUUUAUUUAUUUUAUUUCCUUAACUUCUUACUUUCUUCUUCUCUACCACAAUCAUUUACAUAUCUACUGGCAUCCCUAUCGCUAAUCUCUUCAAUCAUUACUUCUUUCACUAAAAUCAUUUUCACACUUCCUACUCUCAUUUCAAAACUAUACUAUUCCUCCCUUCAAAAUUUUUGUAACUUUCAAACUUUCAACUGUUAAAUUCUUCUUUUUCAUUCAUUAUUUAUCUCGCUGGAAUGCAUCUGUAAACCGACCCCAUCAUUUUUUUUCUCAUUUUCCUAUUAUGUCAAUAACCAAAUUCAUUCAGAAAGCCAAUCCCAUCUAUUUCUUCCUUAUUUUAAUUUCUGAUACUCUUCUUAUCUAACACUAUAACUCUUUCAGGGUAAGGUACUUCAUACAAUAUUUCUAUGCUGUAGUUCUAUAAAAUUUCGUUAAGCCAGUAUCAACUUAUUUCAAAAAUAAACUUUUAACUGCAAUUUUACCAAGAAUAACUGAGAUUUGUCGUACAACUGAAGAUAAAUAAUUCAAGACGCAUACGAUUAUCUAAUACAAAUUAACUGCAAGAAAUUACCAUAACAGUGAUAUAACUCGAAAUUAAAUUUAAAAUUAGUUCUGUACAUAGAAAGAAAAACUUAAAAUUUUACUGAAAAAUACAAUUUUUUUCCGAAAUUCUUUGUUACCAAUAAAACGGGUAUUUUUUCUUCCAUACUUCUAUUUAUAUUUUGUAAUAUCAUUUCAGCUCAUCCAAAUAUCACAAUGUAAAUAAA